ACCGCGCGUAACUUCUGUCUGGACUCUGGAUAUUAUGGACCUUAACGACCGUCUACGUUCUAAAAUUAGCCAAGAAAGUUUUUCGUCUCUUUGCCUUCCCGUCUCCUCGAAUCUAACAGCAAAUACGCCAUGAUUAGCAUUCUCGCUCAGGAGCGUCUGCUUGGGGCUGCAUUGGGAAUUGCAUUGGCGGGCGUGGUUGUUUUUGAGCAACGCAAAUGCAUCUACAAGUCCAUUUCAGAUAACCAGUCUCAAUUUUCUGAUCAAUUUCAGAGAGAGCCCAUGUUUGGAAGGAAAUCUCGCUUGGAGUUUGCACACCUAUGGAACAAAGCUGUGGACAAGACAUUGGGACCUGUGAUUGAGUCUCUUAGUUCACGUGGAUGGUAAAAUGUUGAGUUAUGAGCACGUCUUAUCUUCUUUUUUCCAUACAUGGAAACGUGCUCUGAUUUCGCCGCAUGUCUUUGUAUUCGAUCAAUUUGAACAUUGAUUAUCUGGGAUGCUGCACAUGAUUCAAAAACCUCAAAAAACAUGUUCCCUCUUAUUUUUUAAAUAAUUGCUGCUUAUACUAGUGCGGCAUUCUUGUCUGA